UAAGUACAUUUCAUACAUUUUGUAUAAUCUCCACAACACUAUUUCCUAGGCACUGUCUAUUAUUACAUGUCACAGAUGAGGAAACCAAGGCACAAUGAGAUUGCAUAACUUGCCCAAGUUCUCAAAACUAGAUGUGAUCUUCGUGGUGGGAAGCUGUUUUAAACUACUCCAAUGGAUGCAGACAGUGAUGUUGCAUUGGACAUUCUAAUUACAAAUGUAGUCUGUGUUUUUAGAACAAGAUGCCAUUUGAACUUGAGGAAGAUUGCUUUGGAGGGAGCAAAUGUAAUAUAUAAGCGUGAUGUUGGAAAAGUAUUAAUGAAACUUAGAAAACCUAGAAUUACAGCUACAAUUUGGUCCUCAGGAAAAAUUAUUUGCACUGGAGCAACAAGUGAAGAAGAAGCUAAAUUUGGUGCCAGACGUUUAGCCCGCAGUCUGCAGAAACUAGGUUUUCAGGUAAUAUUUACAGAUUUUAAGGUUGUUAACGUUUUAGCGGUGUGUAACAUGCCAUUUGAAAUCCGUUUGCCAGAAUUCACAAAGAACAAUAGACCUCAUGCCAGUUAUGAACCUGAACUUCAUCCUGCUGUGUGCUAUCGGAUAAAAUCUCUACGAGCUACAUUACAGAUUUUUUCAACAGGAAGUAUCACAGUAACAGGGCCCAACGUAAAGGCUGUUGCUACUGCUGUGGAACAGAUUUACCCAUUUGUGUUUGAAAGCAGGAAAGAAAUUUUAUAAUUCAUCACUUCAUUGGUUAGAAUCCCUAACUGAGCACCUUUUAAAACCUGCUGCACAUUGGACUCAAAACAAAAGGAAAACUGGACCAACCGUAAUUGAGGAAAUAGACUCUUUUAUUCAUUCACGACGACAGUGUAAGCUCCAGUCUCUUUGGAUUUUAUUUCAAUCUUUGCUGUAAUACGAAAAGGAAGUUUACAAGACAUGACAUUGCUGCUUUCACAGAAGGACAUUCUAUUUAUUUUCGCAGUGAUUCUCGUGUCCCCAUAAGCAGAGCUGUCACAGUGUGCACGACCUUAGUUUUGUUAUUUUUUUCCAGUUUGAGCUAAUGUGUUUUAUUUGUGAAUAGUCUUUUACAUUUUUGUAUGCUGAAUAUGGGCACCAAAGAACCUGUAAAAGUUAUCUUUUUCAAUUGAAUGUGCAUAAAUAAAGUUUGGAAAAGGUCUCUCUUCAUAUCCAUUCUAUAACUUUAUUCCCCAUUUUCUAUUUUAAUAAAAAUUGUAUUCAUACGUUUUUUAAAUCUAUGCAAGCUUAACUUUUGCUAAAGUGUGAAGUAUGUUUUGUAAAUAUAUAUAUAUAUAUGCCACAUGUAUAUGGUAUCUUUUAAUGCUGUGUUACCAAAUAUCAAACAGGAAUUUUUUUUUCAAAUUAGAAAUACAAAUUCUAGGGAACCACAGUAGAACUUAAUAGAUUAAGCAUAAUGUUUUAUGUUGCUAAUUUAAUAUGAUAAUGUUAAAUAUUUGAAAAGUUAUAAAAUUGUAGUUUCGAGAAGAGAAACUUCUUACAAGAUGGAUAUGAAAAAGAAGCUGCGAUGGGUUGUGCCUCAGAUGUACCUUUGGAUUCGGAAAGACUCACCUGUAGCUGUAGGAAGGUGGUCACCUCAGGCUGGCGCUCAAGGCAGCUGAGUCUUGCUGUUUUAACAAGAAGUGUCCACAAGCUGCCUCUGUGUCACAGUAUCAUCAUCAUCUAGUUCACCUUGAACUUGAAACCGUUUCGCAAGAUAUGUCUUUCCCCUUGCCGUGUCUUAUGUAAUGGAUUGAAGAGUACCUACUGAGUGUACAGGAUGGCUACCCUUCAGGUUAUAAUAUGUGUGUAUUUGUGAACCUGGGAUGGUACGGCAGAAGCACGCCUCCCUGUGCUCUGCCACAUGUGUUCAGGGCUUUAGUAUAAUCAGCAGAUUUUCACUUAGAAAUAAAACUUAGUCCAGAAACAAAUUACUUCUCCAGUAGAGAAUAUUCCAACAUAAUUUUCCCCUACAGCCUGAAUUUCCCAAAUGAUUUGAACCCAUGAAAAAUUGUAACAUCUUAACCUCCAUAUUCUAGUAUUUUCCUCACCAUAUUAUAAAACAUUGAAAACUCAGUUUAAGCACUGCACAUGUUAUUUUAGUUUUAUCUUCUUAAUGCCUUCCCCUACCGUCUCCCCCUCAUAAGCAGGGGACAAAGGCUAACUUUUUAUUUUCUUGUGAAAAACUUGUGAUUUUCAGACUUCUCUUUUUUUCACAUUUAUUUGCUUCAUUUAAAGUUCCAGUAGGAUAGAUAGCAUCAUAAAAUAGAGAAUAAAAUUCAAUGAAGAAGUUAGAGGUUCUGUGAAGACUGUUUUAAAAAUUUGAGAUUUCCACUUAGUUUUAAUUAAUAGUAAUAAGUGACCUGUUUUGCUGCGUUCUUAAAAAAAUACGGAAAAGGAGAAAAAACCAUUAUAUGGCCAAGGUACGUAACCAGAGUCAUAGCAUUUUCAGUAUUUGAGUGACUUGAAAACCAGGUAGAUCAGUGAGCAGCCCGACAAAAUGCUUUCUCAGAAAAGAGGAGGAAAGACAAUCUGACGGGUCCGGUUGCAGGGCCAUUGCCAGGAGCGUCACCUGGAGCGUCACCUGGCAGACUGUCCGUGACCCACCCGCACACCUACCAAGCUGGUGCGGAAGGAGCGGUCUGAGGUCUCCCGCUGGCUUUUCACAAGUGCUGUUUUUAUAAAUAAAAACUGUGAAUAUGUACAUACAAAUUAUAAGCAUUUCCCCUUUUUUAUUUUUGAAAAUCUAAAAGCUCUGAUUGGCGGUGUAUCAGGUAAAAAUUAGUUUGAAGAUAGAAUUGUUUAGUUAUAAACUCAGGAUAGAAAAAGAAAAAUAUAACAAAGUAUUUUAAGAUACUGAAGUUGAAAUCAUUAUUAAUAAACUAAUAGGUUUAUAUACAAUUUUCUGCCCAUUACCAAUGAAUGGCUAAACCAAGAAAUAUCUAAAGUAGCAUUUGAACUUCAAAGAAAGCAUGUAACAAUUUUGUUAAAUAUCUUACCAUAUUCUGUGAUGUUUGGCAAAGAACAAACUUUUAUAUUGAUGACCUAUCUUGAUAUUUUUUAAAUCUCAGUAUAAUUCCACUGAAGAUUCGUAAUGAAUUUCUUAAAUUGAUCCUCUACAGAACACACUUUCUGUUCCAAAACAAACAAAUGGGGGGAACUGCACGCUCCACCUUGCUGUGAAAUGUACCGUGGCGGAAUGAGGUCUCCCAUCGCCCCCCUACCUUCCCCUGCCGUGUUCAUCGAGAUAGGACCUUUCAGGACCAGGACCGACAGUCAUUCUGAGACUCUGACAGUACAGUGUUACCAUUUCCUACAUCAGGUAGUCUUCCACUUUGUCGCAGGGGAAUGUAGUGGAUCAUAUACCCUUGUACCAAACUUGGAACUGGCUGUUACAUGCCAGCCAGCGGGAAGAUGCGGGCUGAAUAAAAAGGGUUUUCGUUUUUGAGUCUAAGGAUUCUCUUUUCUUCAGGUUAAUCAUAUUUUUGGAUUCAUUUUAAAGUUAGGUUGCUCAUUAUAUUUUUUGAGUGUCUUCCAUAGUUUAUAACACUAGUAAUGUAAUAAAUUACUACUUAAGUGGUUUUGAGAUUCUUCACUGUAGAUUUUCUAUCAUAUCAAAAUUCUUUGGGUAAAAUGCUUCACCAAGUUUUAAAAUUCAACUGGAGAAAUGCGUAAGAGAGCAACCCAUUGUGUGGGUGAAAACCCAAGUUCUGAUGCAGUUGGCAAUCUCUCAUCAUAGAGAAGAACAUAGUAAGGGAAUUGUCCUGAUGUCAGAAUGUCAUUGAUUAUGUCUGUAGUCACCUGGAAGUCAGCGUCGGUCAUAGCCUGAGGGCCAUAGUGAUGGUGAUAGAGGUAGUGAUGACCCUGAGGAGUGCAAAGAACCGCAGGCAACUGUGGGUCACUCAAGUAUCAUGAAUGCCUUGCAAAGAAUUUAUAACCUUGGCUUGAAAAGUCUAAUCUAAUUGCUUAGAGAUUUGGAUGAAUAACCUAAUAGCCUGAUUCCUAAUGUUUCACUAACAGCUAAAUAAAUAUGGUCCCAGGAUUUUCAAAUUGUCCUUUCUAUUCAUAUGUUUUAAAUGGAUGGGAAUAUGAUGUUUCUCAGGCAGCACAGAAUUGUUUCUUGCAUUAUUUUGUAAUACUAAUAUGAAAUUCAUAAAAGAUUUUGCAUUACAUUAUAGAUCAUAAAAUAAAAUGCAUAAUGUUUGUACCUGUUAAACUAAUUAGGAAUUGUCACUACAAUCCUAGCCAGGACCCUAUCCUAAUCUAGAACAUAUGUGCACUUGUCCACAUUGUGUCCUGGUUCUUUUUUUACAUAACACCCAACGCAAGCAGUGUCUUAGUGGGCAAACAACUAAGCUUGUGUUUAGACCACUUACGAGUCUGAACAGCAAAGCUGCAGCUGGCCUCUAUACACACGUACGUACCUGAAGGCCAAAGGUGAUCGCAUCACUAGGUCAGUCAGUCAGAGCUGCUCUCUGAAAGGUGAAAGUGUUGAACCAGCCUGUAUUUUUUUUGACCUGGUAUCCUGCUUGGAGUAAUAAAGAGAGGCUUGGGACCUUAUACCUCAUUUACCUAUUGUGGGUGGAGAUUAACGGUAUCUUUAUAAAUUAGCUUCAUGACACUAAAGACAAAACAUGGGAGUGGCCAACGUGUUGGUAUGAAGACACCGUACUAAAUAAAUGUCCUUACACUGUAUCAGCAUUUAUAAGGUUUUGAGGCUAUUUGUUCUCUGGACCAAGCUGCCCAAGUUA